CUCAAGAAAUUAACCGGUCGGCCGUUUGCCAUCUCCAUGGCCAUCUGCGGACACCACACUGAGAUUAUUGGUCCCGUUUUUAGAAAAUUUAUAGAGGAAAUAAAAGAAAUACCUUUUAACUUUAUUAUACCUUUGCUUUGACUCUCUCUCUCUCUCUCCGCCUAAUUGUCCACAAGCAACAACAAGCUUCCACUUCAUUUUUAUACCUUUUUUCUUUUGCUCUCUCUCUCUGUCUCUCUCUCUCUCCGCUUUCCCCUUUCUCUACACACCAACCGGAAGCUUGUUAGCCCAUAGCAAACCAAGAACACUCCCUCUUUCUGCACUGCUUGUUCUUACUUUUAUUCUGUUUGUUUAUUUAUUUAUUUUCUGCACAAGCAAGGUCCCCUCUCAACUUCCUGAUCUUUCAAGCAGAUUGUGAUAAAAACACGAAUUGGACUGCCCACUGCAAAUAUGAUGUUUUAGUGAUGGAAUCCGGGCAAUGGUUUUGUUCGAUAUGAUGUAGGUUUGAUUAGUGUGUCGUAUGAUGGCCUCAAAAGGUAGCAAAGCUUCUCCAAAACCACAACUCAAAUCAGUUGGUGUUCAGAAAGCAGAAGCAAACAAUCUCAAGACUUUGUCUUCACAGGUUUCAGAGACGAGCAAGUCUGACCUGAUUAAUCAUGACAAGGUGCAAAGGUCAAUAGAAAACACACCCAAGCAGGUUAUGCUAGAGUUUUCUGAAGAUAAAAAGCUAUCAAAUUCUAAUAAAAAAGAGACUGCUGAUUCAUUGAGCAUCAAGUUGGGAUCAAGUUCUUCUAUACCUACCCUUGAGCAUGCGUCUAUUGUAGCAGAUUCUUCUAUUAAUGAGACUAGAGGCUCGCAGGAUGUUUCUCUUGAUCAAGAAAAGAAAACAUCUGAAUAUGGCAGUGUUAAAAGUAGUUCUGUCUCCGCCAAAGUUAGUGAUGGAGCCAGCAGCCUUGCUAAGACUAGUGGAAGUGCUAAGAUCAGUGAUCGUGUUGAAUAUGUGGAGAGUGGAAAGAGCAGCUUGUGUAGAGGAAGCACGAGUAGUGAUAUAAGUGAUGAGAGCACAUGUAGCAGCUUUAGCAGCAGUAUCAGCAAACCACAUAAAGCAAAUGACUUGAGAUGGGAAGCCAUCCAAGCUGUCCGAGCAAAAGAUGGAGUUUUGGGUUUGAGUCAUUUUAGAUUGCUGAAGAGGUUGGGUUGUGGGGAUAUUGGGAGUGUCUAUUUGUCAGAGUUGAGUGGAACAAAGUGUUAUUUUGCAAUGAAGGUUAUGGAUAAAGGCUCUCUUGCCAGUCGUAAGAAGCUACUUCGGGCUCAGACAGAAAGAGAAAUACUGCAAUCUUUGGACCACCCAUUUCUUCCAACUUUGUACACCCAUUUUGAAACAGAUAAAUUCUCAUGUUUGGUGAUGGAAUUCUGCCCUGGAGGAGAUUUGCACACUCUUAGGCAGAGGCAACCAGGGAAGCAUUUUCCUGAACAGGCAGUAAAAUUUUAUAUAGCAGAGGUCUUGCUUGCUCUGGAAUACCUCCAUAUGCUGGGAAUAAUUUACCGUGAUCUUAAGCCAGAAAAUGUCCUUGUGAGGGAAGAUGGACAUAUAAUGCUGUCAGACUUUGACCUUUCCUUGAGAUGUGCUGUAAGUCCAACACUUGUCAAAACCUCAUCUCUUGAGUCUGAGCCCUUGCGAAAGAAUCCAGUUUAUUGUGUUCAACCAGCUUGUAUUGAGCCUUCCUGUAUCCAACCAUCAUGUGUUGCUCCAACAACAUGCUUUUCACCCCGCCUCUUUUCCAGCAAAUCUAAGAAAGAUAGAAAACCCAAAAGUGAGCUAGGAAAUCAAGUUAGUCCAUUACCCGAACUAAUAGCAGAGCCGACUGAUGCUAGGUCUAUGUCAUUUGUUGGGACCCAUGAGUAUUUGGCACCUGAGAUUAUUAAGGGUGAAGGUCAUGGAAGUGCGGUAGAUUGGUGGACAUUUGGGAUCUUUCUAUAUGAGCUCUUGUUUGGUAAAACUCCUUUCAAGGGAUCUGGGAAUCGGGCCACAUUAUUCAAUGUUGUUGGCCAGCCUCUACGAUUUCCAGAAUCACCAGUUGUCAGUUUUGCAGCAAGGGAUCUUAUAAGGGGUUUGCUUGUAAAAGAACCGCAGCAUAGGUUGGCAUACAAGCGAGGAGCAACAGAAAUAAAGCAACACCCAUUCUUUGAAGGUGUAAAUUGGGCAUUGAUACGCUGUGCCACCCCACCUGAGAUUCCAAAGCCAGUUGAGGUUGAGCGGGUACCUGUCCCAGCAUCAACAAGUGAAAAAGCUACUAGUGCUCCAGCUGUUCCUGAUAAAAAAGGUUCUGAUAAUUAUCUGGAGUUUGAUUUCUUUUAGAUGGUAUUGCUUGGAAUUUGCAAAAUUAUUUUCAUUUAUGGGGAAGAAUUGUCUGAAAACCUCUCAGGGGUUGUUGGUGAUGAGGAUCAAAUUUUUUCAUUUUCGUUUACCCCCACCCUUCUUUGAUAUAUUGACAGAUGAUAAGGAAAUGUAUGCUUGCUAUUGCCUCUUAACAUUUACAAAUCUGUUUUCCAUA